AUGGUACCAAUUAAUCAGACGUCAUUGUCAUCAUCAUCAUUGUCGCGAACAUUAAUACCAAUUAAUGUCGAAACAUUAGCUGGAACGUCAUUUGAGUUAUUCGUUUCACCUUACGAACAAAUUCAAUCAAUCAAACAGAAAAUCGAACGACGAGAAUGCAUACCAAGUUCGCAUCAACAUUUAGUUUUCAAAUCGAAUGAACUUGAAGAUGAACUAUGUUUGAACGAUUACAAUAUCGAAGCUGGUACGACCAUCAAACUUGUCUUAGCCAUGCGCGGUGGACCUGUUAAUACAAAACGUGUCCCGAUCGAAGAUAAUCUCAUCCGAGAUAUGUCUGAAUUCAUUGAAAAUAGUCGAGAUGAUUGUGAUUUAAUCCCAUCAUCGUCAUCAUCGAACAAAAACGUUACAUUUCUUGUCUUACGUGAUGGUGAUCAGUUCAAUUUUUUUCAAGUUAUCGAUCGAGGUGAUGGAACACUCUCGCCUCUAUCAACUUCGAUGNGUGGACCUGUUAAUACAAAACGUGUCCCGAUCGAAGAUAAUCUCAUCCGAGAUAUGUCUGAAUUCAUUGAAAAUAGUCGAGAUGAUUGUGAUUUAAUCCCAUCAUCGUCAUCAUCGAACAAAAACGUUACAUUUCUUGUCUUACGUGAUGGUGAUCAGUUCAAUUUUUUUCAAGUUAUCGAUCGAGGUGAUGGAACACUCUCGCCUCUAUCAACUUCGAUGAGUGCAGCACCUAUGUACAAUACUCAUGAGGCGUUGACGAUGGGAUCCGAAUCCGAAUACAAUCAAAAGCGGCAGGACGAUGACCGGAAAACAAAACAGAAAAUGGACCUAAUUCGAUCAAAACUAAAAACGCACGCACGAAAAGAUAUUCUUCUUCCACCUCGACCACCUUCUACCUCCAAGUCAACGAAGUCAAAUCUAAUACAGUAUCAUCAUCGUCGAACGAUUCCAAUAGAAGCUACAUCAACUGUCACACCAGCAUUGAAGCAAACACAGAUUCGCUCGUUGUCUUAUUCAUUUUCUACGAAUAUUUUUAAUCCGUAUAAUUUAUUAUCAACAGCAAACAUCAAUCGAACGAAUUUGUUGCACGAGGAGGACAGCGAAGAUGACGAUGAUAGUCAAGAUGAAGACGACGACGACGACGAUGAUGACGAUGAUGAUGAUCAUGCCAAUGAUCGGAAAUUAACAGCAAGACAGAUCUUCGCCGCAAGAUCAUUUUCACCACCGCUUUACUACCAGAAAAAACACCACCAUCACCACCACCACCACCAUCAUCAUCACCAUCACCAUACAACGAAAAAACUGUUCAAUCAGGAGACAGCAACGACAACGACAACCACGACCGAUGAUACAGCUGGUAGUAAUACUGCUCUGGUGGAUUACGUUCAUCGUAUGUCACCCACGAUACCAAUUGUAUCUACGUCAUCACCGAAGUAUUUCAACAAUUCCGAUGAACCGAUUAGCUCCGACGAGAAAAAUGAUUCAACAAAUGAAAUUCUCUAUCAGCACUCACAUACGUCUCCGACGCUCGAAUUAAUCGAUGACGAAACGAUCUCUUCAACAAACAUAACACGAAAACCGACAGCUGAUCUUCACAGUCGAAAUGAAACAUCACUGAGUAAGCCAACGUGGACAGAUGAUGAUGAACAGAUCAAUGUUUUCGAUGAGUACAUACCUGGUGAACGAACAUCAACAAGUCAGUCGAUGACACUCUCGCAGCAAAAUAACCCAACCGAAACGACAACAGUGUCGACAUUACCACAGCUAGUGAAAAAAUCGACCUUUCCCUCUACAACUCAACAAUUCUAUCAUCGUCAUAAACCGUCAAAUUUCGACCAGACUCAAUCGAAUAAAUCAGUACCACAACCGUUAGUACCUUUGAAAUUAGCGAAAUAUCGACGGAUAUCAUCGAAUGUACAUCUGUCAACACCGUUACAGCCUCAGACAUUGAUCGGUGCUACUACGACGAAUUCUUCCAAUGAACUCAUCAAUAGUAAUAAUAGUACAGAUCCUUUCAAUGAACAUUUGAUGCUUAACAAGCGAUUCGAAAUAUUGAAAACACCUGGCAAACAACAAUCAACGACUCCGCUUACUGCUUCUUCAUUGUCGAAUGCAACUUGUCCACUUGCACCGCCACCGCCUCCUCCUUCCAAACGACAUUUUGCUCAACAAAAUAUCAAACCUGUCGCUACGAACACAACGUCGUCUUCAUCUCUCAUACCCAUCGAUAGUACCAAAGUCACAAUCGAAACAAUUGGUUCCAAAACUGUCUCUGCUCUUCUUCGUCAAAAUGCUACUAUCGAACCUGUUGAUACUUCCCGAGGUGUUGGCAAACAUCUCGUAUCAUUGCUUACAACUGCAUCGAAAGAAACAAGUUCAACAAAAUCUAGUUAUAAACAACCGUCACGUGACGCAAUCGUCGACGAACGCUUCAAAUUGGAUUCGAAGUUAACCACUUCUCUUUCAUCGAAUGUCACCGCCACGACUAGUAACAGCAGUACAUGUAAUCCAAAUCGGUUACCUCCUGUCAUCAUCAAUCGUAAAUCGACAUCGAAAUGCUUUCUCUGCAAGAAGAAAACCGGAUUGGCGACAACAUACCAAUGCCGAUGCGGAAGUUCAUUUUGCAGCGAACAUCGAUAUCCGGAAGCUCAUGCUUGUGCAUUCGACUAUAAAGCGGAAGGCAAACGUUUGAUUGAACGAAAUAAUCCAUUGGUUACCGUUCCGAAGCUACCGAAGAUCUAA